AUGAGGACGCUGUCAUCACUUUUCCUUCUCGUCCUCGUGGUGGCCCCCGGGCUGCUGCUGGCGCGGACGGGCACUGCCGCCAAGCUCCGAGGGCUGCGAGCGCUCAGGGCGGAGACGACUGCCCUGUCGGACGGGAAUGAGGCAGGAGCCGACCUGGACAUGAAGUAUGCCGCGGAGGACAGCGGUCAGGCGGCGGAUGUGGGGCCCGAUAGAAGGGCUGCCGCGGAGGCCGCCACAGCAGCCCUCUGGCCCUACCCCUGCAUUCCCCUUCGCCGGCUAGCUCAGCUUCCCGCCGACACAGCGCUUCCAUUGAGGCCCUGCCCCGAGGACGACUUCCCGGAUUAUAACCCGCCCCCUCAGAAGAAGCCCCCGCCGCCGCCGCCGGUGAAGAAGCCGCCGCCGCCGCCACCGGUAAAGAAGCCCCCGCCGCCGCCGCCGGUAAAGAAGCCCCCACCGCCGCCGCCGGUGAAGAAGCCGCCGCCGCCACCACCCCUGAAGAGGCCGCCACCCAAUGAUAUCAACGAUCCGCGGUGCAACAUCGCCGGAAAGUCCGGUGGUGCCAACGAGAAACCAAUCUAUUGCCCGUGA